AUGCCAAACUUGAUGCAAACAAAUUUGAAUGUGUUGUUUGCAGUUUUGAUCCCAUUACUCAAGUAUCAGCAGAAGCAUUCUCACAACUACAUCUUAUUGGGGCUUUUCAUCGUCUCGAUUAGCUUGACCGUUGGCAUUUCCUGUGCCAACACAGAAGGAAAAAUUGUGCUUGAGGCUUUGAUUUUGACCUCUGCUGUGGUUUCCUCACUCACUGGCUAUACCUUUUGGGCUUCCAAGAAGGGAAAGGAUUUUAGCUUCCUUGGCCCAUUUUUAUUCACUAGUCUCUUUACCCUGUUUCUCGUUGGCAUGAUGCAGAUGUUCUUCCCAUUUGGACCAGCAACUCAUGCUAUUUAUGGUGGAAUUGGUGCUAUGAUUUUCUCUGGUUACAUUAUAUACGACACUGACAACCUGAUCAAACGCUUCACUUAUGAUGAGUACAUUGGGGCUUCAGUCACUCUCUAUCUCGACAUUCUGAACUUGUUCCUUGCCAUCUUGAAUAUGCUGAGGGAGGCAAACAAUUAGCCACUCAUCCUGCGUGAACUGAGUUUUUUUCAAUUAAAAUCUCUGAAAUAACUGUUACCUCUUUACAAUAUACCCUAGGAAGUAUUCUGAUUAUAACACUAUGCUCCUCUUCUCUAGUAUUCUCUUACAGUUGAGUGUCUUGGGGGACAUGAAAAAUUUGUUGGUUCACAAUUGUAUCUUAUGAUGUAUUAUAUAUAUAAAAGAAUAUUGUGCAAAAUGUUGUUCAUUCCUUUUAGUUAUUUAUUCUGAGG